ACGAGGGGGCCAUGGCUGACACAGCUGACCUGGUGGUCCUUGGGGCCUUCUAUGGGCAAGGGAGCAAAGGUGGCAUGAUGUCCAUCUUCCUCAUGGGCUGCUAUGACCCGAGCAGCCAGAAGUGGUGCACAGUCACCAAGUGUGCAGGAGGCCAUGACGACGCGACACUUGCCCGGCUGCAGAAGGAACUGGACAUGGUGAAGAUCAGCAAGGAUCCCAGCAAGAUACCCAGCUGGCUGAAAAUCAAUAAGAUCUACUACCCUGAUUUCAUCGUCCCAGACCCAAAGAAAGCUGCCGUGUGGGAGAUCACAGGGGCUGAAUUCUCCAAAUCUGAGGCUCACACAGCCGACGGGAUCUCCAUCCGAUUCCCUCGCUGCACCCGAAUCCGUGAUGAUAAGGACUGGAAGUCUGCCACUAACCUCCCCCAACUCAAGGAACUGUACCAGCUGUCCAAGGAGCAGGCGGCCUUCACCCUAGUGGCCGGAGAUGAGGGGAGCUCCACCACAGGGGGCAGCAGCGGAGAGAACGAGGGCACCUCGGGGCCAGCUGUCUCUCACAAGGCUCCGAGGGCCUCCCCCAAGCGGCCCUCGGCCAGUGCCAAGAAGGCAGGAGAGAAGCUGAGUGGCUCCGACGGUAGAGGCGGCACCAAGCUGGCUGCAAAGCCUUCCCCUGUGAAAGUGGGAGAGAAGCGGAAGGCCCCCGAUGAGACCCCGUGCCAAGCAAAGGUGCUGCUGGACAUCUUCACUGGGGUGCGGCUCUACCUGCCGCCUUCCACUCCAGACUUCAGUCGUCUGAGACGCUACUUUGUGGCAUUCGAUGGGAACCUGGUGCAGGAAUUUGACAUGGCCUCAGCCACACAUGUGCUGGGUAGCAGGGACAAGAACCCCGAGGCCCAGCAGGUCUCCCCGGAGUGGAUUUGGGCAUGUAUCCGGAAACGGAGACUGGUAGCCCCCUGCUAGGACUGCUGCCUCCCCCUCCCUCACGCCGUACCCUACCCCACCACGCUACUGCUGGACCGGGCACCGGCUGGGCAGGCAGACAUAGGACAGCAGGAGGUGGGGACAGUCUUCCUUCUCCAAGCUGUGCAGCUUCCAAAACCCACCAACCGUGCAUGGUCUCUUCCCAGCGAGAGUUAGUUGC